CUCUAGCUUCUAACUGUCACUGUAGUCAAAGCUUCAGCCAAAGCUUCAGCCUGAUGUCAAAAGCAAAAGUUCGGAAGUCCUCUGGGCAGGUGACGCUCACCUAACAAGGUAAGAAUGGAGAUUCAUCCCAACCAGGAGACAGAUAAGAGUGGACAUCAGGUGCAGUGGGACUGUCUACAUGCCCUUCCUAGACCUGUCACCUGUUGGCUCUGGGACCUUGGGCAGAUCGCAUGCCUAUGAUGUGGCUAUUUUUAACAACAGCUUGUUUGAUACCUGGAACUUUAAGCGCUGGUGGAUUCUUGGAUUUUGAAAAUAAAGUAAAUCCAGAAGUGUGGAUGAAUGCUAGUGAAAUAAUCAUGUACAAUGGCUACCCCAGUGAAGAGUAUGAUGUCACCACCGCAGAUGGGUACAUUCUCGCCAUCAACAGAAUUCCCCAUGGGAGAGCACAGACUGGGCAGACAGGUCCCCGGCCAGUUGUAUAUAUGCAACAUGCCUUGUUUGCAGACAAUGCCUACUGGCUUGAGAAUUUUGCCAAUGGAAGUCUAGGGUUCAUACUAGCAGAUGCAGGUUAUGAUGUGUGGAUGGGAAACAGUCGAGGAAACACUUGGUCAAGAAGACACAAAACUCUUUCAGCAAAUGAAGAGAAAUUCUGGGCUUUUAGCUUUGAUGAAAUGGCCAAAUACGACCUCCCAGGGAUAAUAGAUUUCAUUGUGAAUAAAACAGGUCAGGAGAAGUUGUACUUCAUUGGACAUUCACUCGGCACUACAAUAGGAUUCGUAGCCUUUUCCACCAUGCCUGAACUGGCGCAAAGAAUCAAAAUGAAUUUUGCUUUGGGUCCUGUGAUCUCAUUCAAAUAUCCUACAAGCAUUUUUACCAAUGUGUUUCUACUUCCAAAAUCCAUAAUCAAGCUUGUGUUUGGCACCAAAGGUGUCCUUUUAGAAGAUAAGAAUGCAAGGAUGUCAUUUAUCACAUUCUGCAACCAAAAGCUACUCCAACCAAUGUGUAGUGAAUUUAUGGCCUUGUGGGGUGGAUUCAACAAAAAAAAUAUGAAUAUGAGUCGACUGGAUGUGUACAUGUCCCAUGCUCCCACGGGAUCAUCAAUUCAGAACAUUCUACACAUAAAGCAGCUUUACCGAUCUGAUGAAUUCAGAGCUUAUGACUGGGGAAGUGAAGCUGAAAAUAUGAAUCACUACAACCAGAGUUACCCUCCCUUGUAUGACCUGACGGCCAUGAAGGUACCCACUGCCAUUUGGGCUGGUGGACAUGAUGUGCUCGUAACUCCUCAAGAUGUAGCCAGGAUACUUCCCCAAAUUACAAAUCUACGCUACUUCAAGCAUUUUCCAGAUUGGAACCAUUUUGAUUUUGUCUGGGGUCUUGAUGCCCCUCAAAGACUGUACAGUAAAAUCAUAGGUUUGAUGAAAGAAUACCUCUAAAUACAGUCCAUCAACUUUUCAGUCAAACUUUGCUUCCAUGCCCAUGAGAGGCUUUAGGAAAAUCCCUGG